UGAAAGGCGACUGCAUAGACUUCAUGCUAUAACGUCUCACAAGUGGUUUGCCGGGGCCGGUCGGACUGGGAUGAGUUUUCGGCUCAGAAGACCUUUAGGUUUGGUGUUGGACGAGCCUCGGGGUAGGAGGUAGCACUGAAUGGUUCUAUGGCAGCGUUUCUCUGCGGAGGGACUUGAUUUUGUACUCUGGGGACUGUUUUCCAGAUACAGAACGUUUGUAUCGGAAGAAGCGGCUCCCAACACCCUGGUUGCCACCCUACAUGCCUUUGAUCCAGAUGGAGAUCAUGUGUCUUACAGCAUUUUGGAAGGAAAUAGAGAAGGAAACGUUAUUAUUGACUCCGAGAAAGGAAUAAUCCGUCUGGGUUCUAACCUGCUUCCAAAGCAUCAUGGAGCCGAGUAUGUUCUGUAUGUGACCGCCACAGAUGACAACGCUUCGGGGGAUCCUCACAGCCUCACCAGCACGACUACGGUCGUCGUGACAGUCGAUGACGUCAACCAGAACAAGCCCGUCUUCCAUCAGUGUGCCCAGUACCGUCACCACGCCGUAGUCCUGGAGAACCAGCCCCCAGGAACGUUUGUGCUGCAGGUGGAGGCGAAAGACGCAGACGUUGGCGUCAACGGUCAAGUGAAGUACGGAUCGUUCAUCACGAGGGCUCUCUUCCUGCAUUCAGCAUCCAUCCGGACACAGGUUUUUAAUAUGCUUUUUGCUGGAUUGGUGUAUACGCUUCUACCCUUCUACCCCAGGGUCAACAGAGACUCGGCGUACGUGCGCGUUUUCAUCAGCGAUGUUAAUGAUAACCAGCCGGCUUUCACCAGGACGUGGGAUCCAUUGCUGCCCUUGUCAGUGCCACUGAUCCAGACGAAGGUGAGCAAAGGAAUUAUCAGGAUGAAUGCAAAGAUCUGCUAUCAGAUCACAGCUGGGAAUAACGGGGGAGCCCUGGAUGUAGACCCAGAAACCGGCGCUGUCUUCAUUUUCCAGCCACUGAAUUACGAGGAGGUGCCGGUCUAUGAACUCACUGUGCUGGCGUCGGACGGGAAGUGGGAAGAUUAUGCCACGGUCAUGAUCAACGUGUUGAACAAAAAUGAUGAGGCUCCGGUUUUCUCGCAGAACGAGUACCAAGGUCACAUAAUGGAAGAACUGUCACACUUACCGGUUUUGGUACUGCAGACCAAGAUGACCGAGAACAAGGAACCAUGAAGUAUUCUCUGCAUGGAAGCGGAGCCGGUAAUGUUUUUACCAUAGAUGAAAGGACAGGAGGAAUAUUUGCCCAAAAGCCUCUGGAUCGCGAGGAACACGCUCUCUGGAGGUUUGUGGUUCUUGUCACAGAUGAA